AUGGUGGUCCUCCCCCAAUGGUCCCACCCUCUCCCCCAUUACCCUCUCCCCUCCCCACUAUCUCACUCGCGGCUCUCUGUGCCCACGUUCUGGCAGCCGGCAGAGUUUUCCGUCCUGUGUCGGGUCAACAUCGCAGACCUCAUGGAAGCAGCGGAGGAAAUUCUCGCUUACCGAGAUGGCCCCGGACCUUUUAGGACGCUGCUCCCCGGGGACAAGUCUAAGGACGCUGGGGGACAUUUUGAGAAUAAAAAUGAGUCCAACUACGUGGAUUUGGACACGAGACCAGAAGGCGCCAAGACCGUGAAAGUAACGUUCACCGGCGAGGGGAGCCAGCUGUCUGUCAAAAGUGACGGUUCGAGGCAGGGGCUGCGUGGACAGGCCUCUGUGGACUCUGCGGACAUGUGUAGCAGUGUUGAUCCAACUUUGAAAACUCCUGCCGAACCUUCCUACGAGGAGGACUCCGAAGAUGAGACGCAGCUCCAGGUGGAAGUGGACCCGAGUGACUGCAGCGAGGGAGACGAGUACCUGAACAGCCGAUCCGAGUCGGACGACGGUGCCAGUGCAGUUCUGUCCGACCACAGCGGCACGGACACGCUUAAGGACGAGUCUCACUAUAUUACCACGCAUGAAAUCCAGUUGACUGAACUCGACCACGACGUUGAUUACGACCUCGGCCGUGGUGCCAGCUGGGACUUUGAGGACGACAACGUUGUGUACUCCUUCGUGGAUUACGCCUCGUUUGAAAGCGACGACACCCGAACCGGGACUCUGAUCUUGGAGGGCAGGGGUCAAGUUGCCACACUCGGUGCAAGCACAGAGCAGGACGACAGCGAUCUUUGCGACUCGGAGAAAUGCGCCAGCUCGGAUGAAAGUGUGUGCAAAAACCAUGUCGUCGGGGACAAAAUGCACCUAUCAAUCAAAACGUCCAGCGAGGAGCCUGUCGUCGGCAUUACGGAUGAGGGCGCCAAGCUCUUUGGAGACAGGAGCCACUUUUCUUUCGUGAGCGCUGGACCUCUGGGAGAUAACAAAGCCAAGUAUUUCAUACCCGCUCCGGGCCGUCAGCACCUUGCAACCAAACUAAGACGGAAGGACAUUAAUGAAUAUUCCAGUGGCGCCUCCAGCUCCAUCAGCGAGCUGGAUGACGCCGAUAAGGAGGUGCGUAAUUUAACCGCCAGGUCAUUCCGAAGCUUGGCGUGUCCUUAUUUUGACACGAUAAAUUUGAGCACUUCGAGCGAGUCGUCCAUGUCGGAAUAUGAUUUAAACAAGUGGUCUGCUUACGUGGAUUGGAAUUAUGGACACGUCCCGCGGGGGGGAGAGCACGGUGUCAUUGCGCACAAGACCUCCAGCGCUACAUUAGAAAUGAAUGAGACGGUGGAGAGUCAAGGAGCCCCACGGGGUAAUAAGAAACUAACAUUUCAUCAGGAAGAGUCUUUGUGCAAAGGUGCAGCGAUGAAAGAUCAGCGAGGGGUCACGUUGAAUCUCCAGUGCAACUUAGACGCACAAGCAGCCAGCAGGCGACCCAAAAGUACCAAGAGCAGGUCCGGAGAGGUGCGUGGAGCAGUGUUGGCUAGGUCAGGCUGUGAAAUGCAGUAUCACCACACAGACAGCACAGGCAACACACAUAAGAGAGCCAUCUUUGCAUCAAGCCUGCUUAAAAAUGUCAUCUCCAAAAAGAUGCAGUUUGAGCAGGAGCGUAUGAUGGAGAGAGGCGAGCUCUCGGCCGCGCACCCUGCGCUCUCCCCUUGCUUUCUGGACGGGGGGAAUGACAGGAGGGGCUUUCAAAGGCAAAGCUCUGAAUCAGGCUCAGGUUACACUAAUUCUGGAGAUGACCAGCCUUUGGAGGGCAGCAGGCCGAGUUCUUGUGAGCUGGCAGAAGAGCAGAGGAGCAGCGAUGCCGUCGAGGAUUCAGGAAAAAAGGUGACUAAAACGGGCCUCAGUCACAGUCAAAGCAGUGCGUUUAAUUCCUGGAAGGACGACGAAGCCCUGAAGGAGGCUGAGCUCUCGGCAGCCGCCAAGGACGCCAAGGAGGAAUCGGACAGAAGCAACAUGCUCACAAAACUCCUUUUCAUGCCGAGCUGCCAGCGUUUCCCCAAAGACAAGGAACGUUCCGAAUGUGACACGGUGCUCAAGACAGCAAACACAGCUAGUAAAGAAGAAAGCGACAAAGGCGGAAAAACACCUGAAAUCAAAAUAUGUCUGAGGAGCGUGAAGGAAAAUAUAGGAGGGGCCCUGAAUAUUGCCAGUUUGUUAACCCCUAAAAUAAGUUCCAUCAACACAUUUCGGGCAGGGGGUGAUGCCAAAUGUCAUAUUUUGUCUGCUUCGGAUAAGAUCCCAAAUUUUACAGUUCGAGACGUCCGAGACACCAAGUGCAAGUUUCAAACGCCAAUCUACCGUGUCCGAGAUGUGCGAAAACUGGUGAAAAGUUCAUAUCGCUGUGUUUCUUUGGAUAAUAGUGACAGUAAAGGUGCGGUUGAACCUACUGAAAAACCUGAAGAGAAGGCCAAAAAGGAGCCAGUAAAACAGGUGUCACCUUCUCCCAUUGUCAUUAAAUGCCACUCAGUAAAAACAAAUAAAUCACCAAAAGAAACAGAAGCAGACACGGCACCACAGUGUGCCACCAGCAAAGUCCCUCUUAUUGUAACAAAGCCACCAAAUCUUGACCAGUCGGAAGCUGACAAACUAUUAAAACAAAGGCAAGAGAAGUUUGGAGGCGAGGUGGCUGACAAGCGAUUCGAGCCUCGAAUUCCCAAACAGGCUGCACUGGAGAAACUCAAAGCUGCUGUCAAAACAAUGGAACAACUUUAUGUUUUUGACCGAAACGAAUGGAAACGCAAAACUCAACCUCAGCAGCCAAUCACGGGCAGUCACGUGCUUUCGCUCAUCUCCCGUGAGGAGCAAGGAGCAGAAGAAGAAACCACGGCAGCGUCGGAAAGGAACGAAGGAGGUGCGGAGAAGCUCAUACAUGUUCCUCGUGGUGAUGAGUCAACGCAUUGCCAAACCUUCAGCAACAAAAGUGUCCUUCGCGUCGGCAAGAACAACAAAGCUCACGUCAGUAUUAGCUCGCUUGCGAGCCCUAGGCUACAAAGUCUACAGAAAAGCUCCAAGACGCCAGCUAUGCCUUUUUCCGUGAAAAUCGAACCUGGCAAACAUUCACAGGUGGAACAGAGAAAGUUCCAAAUCAGCCCCACUAUUCCCAGCAUCCCACAAAGCGAUUCAGAGAACUAUUUAACCAUACCGGGCCUGACACACGGCAAUGAGAUCAAAGUGGCCAACAAGGAGACAGCUUACACGGAGAUGAAGCCGAGCAUCAGCCAACAAGUUGACGUCAAGACACCCGAGCAGAAAAGAUUAUUAAUGGCUGAGUGCCCAGCUUCAUCUAUCUACCACCAGCCUGCAGCGGGCCAGCAGACACAGCAAGUGUUAUGUUUCUCACCCCCUUUUGCCACUCUGUCACCUCCACCUUUGAGCGGAGAGACGGGCCUUCAGCGCAAAAUGCUCCUCGACCCCACCACGGGACUUUAUUACCUAGUGGACACGCCAAUCCAGACCUCUACAAAGCGACUUUUUGACCCAGAGACAGGCCAGUAUGUGGACGUACCACAUUCACCCGUGCCGCCCAUCGCCCCUGUCACUCCUGUGUCCCUCCCGAUGCCGCCCCUGGCCCUGAGCCCAGGGGCGUUCGCACCCACCUACAUGAUUUACCCGGGAUUCAUCCCCUCGCCAACUCUGCAAGCUCAGGCCUUGCUGACGCCGUCGCCUGGUCACUCUGAAGACAGAGAAAAGUUGAAAAACAGCACAAGUGCAAAGCAGGAAGUGAACGUUCCGUCGGCAGAGAGCCCCUACUACAGCGCCACGGCCGAGGCCCCGCCGGAACACGUGAAGCCCCCUUCGCUCAUAGGAGGCGCGGUCAGCUCGGACAGGAAGCCGAUUAUCAGCAUCACAACGCAACAAGGUCCAAGAAUCAUCGCCCCGCCUUCCUUCGACGGAACAACGAUGAGCUUUGUGGUGGAGCACAGAUGACCAAGAAGACACCUCAUCGCACACACAUCUCCGUGGAGAAAUCCGCCUUCUUUCAAGCCCAGUCAGCACCUGUUCUUCAAGACAUCCUUCAAGUCAUUACAAGUUUAGUCGCUUUGCAUGGCAGCGCUUUGCAAGGUAUAAACAGUGACUCACAAUAUGCGUUGCUUUAUCAAUCUAGCAAAAAAGUCAAUUGGUCACCAGACAUAAAGAAAUAGUAUUAAGGACAGGGACCAUUUGUCGAGAGUGAAGUCAGCUCAAUGUGGAUUUAUUUUAUUUUUUUUGCAUUGUGUCACAGGAAUGUGGUGUUGAGAAUGGGUAAUUAUUUACAAGUUGAAAUCUCAUGUUCUACUUGAAGUACAUGCAUCCUCUGUAUCAUGACUGCUACUGUAGCACUGGAAUGAAAUGUAUGGAAUGAGUCAGCUGUGUUUUAUUAGGGAAGAAAGCUUGCACCUUAAAUGACACAAGGAGAACAAAGCACAACAAGUGUGCCGAAGCGGAGCCGGGACUCCUGUUUGAUUUUUAGGGGAUGACUUCCUCUAUUUGUGUUUAUUUAUUUUUACACUUUUGGGUGUAAUGAGGUUGGAGUCAGUGUGUCUGCUGCAUGCAUGUGUGUGUGUGCGUGUGUGUGUGUGCGUGUGUGUGUGCUCCACAUGCAGGGGGUAUAAGCAUUCUGCAAAGCAUACAAAGGAGAGUCAUGUUACUUCACUGUGAACAAGAGCCAGCUAACACAACAUGCUAGUGUUCUCCUGAGAAUUUAGUAGGAAACUGUCAAAAAUGACUUGACGUGAAUAUUUUUGAUUCAAUUGAGUAUCAGUGAGCUGGAGCCUAUU